AUGUUCGAGGGUUAUGACCAGGGCGUCAUGUCCGGGGUUAACAUAAGUCCCUCGUACAUUGAUCUGGUCAAAAUCGGCGAUGGCGCAACCGGGAAUAUCACAAGACCGACAAAGCAAGGUGGUCUUGUCUCCAUCUACUAUCUCGGUACCCUCCUGGGAGCACUGAUGGGCGGGGCGUUGUCCGAUAAGGUAGGACGACGCAAAGCCAUAUUCUUCGGCUGUCUUUGGGGCAUCUUUGGUCAAUCGAUGCAGAGCGCAGCUCAGAAUGCUCCCUGGAUGCUCUGCGCCAGAUUGAUCGGAGGCGUUGGAACUGGCUGCAUCAGCGCAGUCAUUCCAGUCUGGGGCUCGGAACUUGUCGCUCACGAAGUGCGAGGCAUGGUGAUGGCCUUCGAAAUGUUCAUCAACUUUGCCGGAAUCUCGACCUCCUACUGGCUCGAGUAUGGGCUGAGCUUCGUAAACCAUGGAAACACCGACGUUCGGUGGCGAUUUCCUCUUGCUUUCGUCACCAUUUUUCUGAUCGCCUUGAUGCUCAUCAUACCCUUCAUGCCAGAAAGUCCACGCUGGGACAUUGCCAAUGGGAAGCAAGAACGUGGCAGAAAGACCCUGGCAGUCUUCCGCGCUCAAGGAGAUAUUAACCAAGCAGAGGUCGAAGCUGAAUUCAACGAGAUUGUCGCCGCCGUCGAACUGGAGGCCGAAUACCCGGCUCGGAGCUAUUUCCACUUAGUCACUGGAAUCAAGAGUGGCGAUCUUCAUCUCGGACGGAGAGCAUUUUUGGCCGCGUGGCUGCAAAUUAUGCAGGCGUGGACCGGUGUCACAAGUGUGGUCGUAUAUGCUCCCACACUUUUCCGCAUUGCUGGCUUCAGUGCACACAAAGCAAACCUCCUGACUGGCUGCGCAAACCUAGUCACCAUGGUGUGCUGCGCAUUUGCUUUUGUGACAAUCGAUCGUUACGGCCGUCGCAAGGUCCUCAUGGCUGGUGGGUUUGGACAAAGUCUGUCGUUCUUCAUCCUCGGUGCUCUGUCCAAGGUCGGAGAGGACAAACACAGCCAGUCCAUCGGCGCCGCCGCUGGCUCAUUUGUCUUCAUUUACAACGCCAUAUUUGCGGCAACGUGGCUCAGUGUGCCGUGGGUGUACCCGUCAGAGAUCUUUCCCCUUGCUAUCCGAGCUAAGGGAAAUGCAUUCGGUAUCAUUGCACCUGUCAUGUUUAAAGCGUUAGGCCCACAGGGUUUCUAUAUCCAUGCCGUCUUCAAUCUGCUAGCUGUCGUCAUAGUAUUCUGUUUCUACCCAGAGACCAGUUGCCGGACAUUGGAAGAGAUCGAUCUCCUGUUUGCCAGUAAGACACCAUUCGUCUGGGAAACCGAAAAGAAGUUCCAAGAGCUUAAGCUCCAACAUUCGGCUCUCGUUCGUGGAGGACAAGACGUCAAGAUCGUCGCCGAACACCUUGAAGCAGGAGGACUUGAUGGGAAGAAAUACUGA